AUGUUUGGACAGGUGCAAGUGCGCCCAUGGCGUCUGAGCGAUGCGGAAUACAUGGUUUGUGAUCGAGUACCGGUCAGCACAAAACGCACAAUUUUUAUCGGUGGCGUCCCGCGCCCAACUAAAGCCAGUGACCUUGCACGUAUUCUCAACGAAAUGUGUGGACAGGUCAGUUAUGUUGGGCUUGCAAUUGAUCCCGAGUUAGAGUAUCCAAAGGGUGCAGCUCGUGUCACAUUCGCUACGGAACAAGCCUUUGUUGCUGCUUUACGUGCGGGCUUUAUAUAUAUACCUCAUGCGGGCAUUCAGAAACGGGUAAUUUUUUGA